AUGGCAAUUUUUCGAAAGCUCAAACAGCGACUUGCAUCCGUCCGUGGUACAGUUUCGCAGACUGUCCGGUCGCAGCAAGACAAGCGUACAAGUGAGGACCGCCUCGACGUCGUAGAGGCUAACCGCUCGGCACACGAACAACUCGUCAAUGAUCAGUGCUUGAAGGCUACACGCGAUGACCUCGAGGCCCUCGAGGCUCGCAAGAACAGAAUUGAGAGACUGGAAUCCGGUUGCAAACGUUUGGAGGAGAUGAUCGCUCGCAAGAAGGAACUGAUUGCGCGUCAGGAGGAGAUAUCUGCUGCCAAAGAUCCUUAUGUCGCCGCUGCCGAUGAGUCGGACUCGCUAUUACACGAGUUGGCCGACAAGCUUGAGAUCGCAGAGCAUCUAGCAAGCAACGAUGGCCACACCGACGUCGUAAUCGAUGAGGCAGUCGCUAUCAUGCGUGACGGGGAAAGCGAGGGGUAUGAUAGUAUCAGCAUCGAAGAUCUGGAGAAGGCUCUGUGGGACGACCUUGAACGCAUUCGUGGCCGUGUCUUCGAGCUCAAAGCAUUUAUUGACAGCGGUCGAAGCAUCUGGAACCCCGCCGAUAGACAUCAGCUCACCUAA